AUGAGCGCCGCAAUACCAGAACCCAGUGAGAUCUUCAGCCUGCGAUCUACUCUACACCGCUCGGUAAAACUAGUAGCGUAUUUGCUACGAUUCAAGCACAAUGCACUUCGUACUCGCGACAACUGUAGGAGAACUGGACCACUGACCCUGAAGGAGCGGGAAGAAGCAUUGAUGCAGUUGGUGAAGCUGUCACAAUGGGAGUGUUUCGCUCGAGAUAUAGCUGAAUUAGAACGUCACGGGGAAGUGCGGUCGACCUCUCGCAUUCGUACGCUUCAUCCGCAAUGGGUUGAAGGCGUACUCCGGGUCGGCGGCCGGCUUGAAAAUGCCCGCAUAUCGAUGGACCGGAAACAUCCUAUUCUCCUAGACAAAAACCACCCUCUAACUUCCAUGAUUAUGCGACACUACCACUAUGAACACCUACACGCUGGCCCGCAACUGUUGGUGGCCAGUGUACGAGAACGAUUCUGGCCGCUCAGUGCCCGUAGUCUCGCCAGGAAGAUUAUACACAGGUGCAUCACCUGUUUCCGCAGCAAGCCAACAUCACAAGAUCAAUUGAUGGCCGAUCUGCCGGCCGAACGAGUUACUCCAGCUCCGCCUUCUUGCGAGUUGGGAUCGACUAUUGCGGACCUUUUGUUGUUCGCUAUCCGAAUCGAACGAAAAUCUCCGUGA